CCGGAAAUCUUUUUCUACCUUGUUAUCGCCUGCUUGUCGGAAGCAGGUACAGCCCUAAUAAAAGCAACGGGACUGUUAUCUGGGCCGUGUUUUCCCAGUCGCUAUGCAUCCACUGUUUGUAUUCGUGGCCGCUGCCGGGGUGUCCGUUCUCGCCCCCCUGACCCUGGGCGUUCCCGCGGGGCCCGGGCCCUGCCUUGCACCGCAGCAGUGGGAAGGACGGUGGGUGUUGUACGACCACAGCACCGGGAGGAACAGCCGAGCCGCCGUUUCGUACGACGGCCUGAACCAGAGGAUCAGAGUCCUGCAGCAGCACAAGAAACACACCCCGUGUCAGAAGUUUUUUGAGUACAUUUACUUGUACCAGAGCAUGGUGGUGUUCCAGAUUGACCAGAAGACCAAGGAAUGCUCAAAGAUCGCUAUGACUGAGGCCUGGGAUCCCUUCGACAUCCCUGACAAUUCCACCUUCGAGGACCAGUAUUUUAUUGGAGGCCCUGGGGACAACGUGGAGGUUCAGGAGUGGUCAGACAGGAAGCCUGCGCGCCAACAUGAGACCUGGGUUGGUGUUUACACCCUGAAGGACUGCUACCCAGUGCAGGAGACCUACACCAGGAACAGCAGCGUCACCACCUCUACCCGCUUCUUCAACCUCCAGCUGGGCAUCAGCGACCCCAGCAUCUUCAUCCCUCCCAGUACCUGUCAAUCAGCCCGGCCCGAGAUGAUGGUUGAGUCCGACUGCUGAGGCCUGGACUGCCCUCACCACUGACCUUUAAUACCCAACACCAUUCUGAGGGAGUGAGCAGUAAAUUUCACCAAUUAUUGUGCAGUGCUGCCCGACUUUUAGCUCUGGUAUAGAUUACAGUGCAAUUCAUUUUUUAUUCCUUUGUGAGAAUUUUUUUAGACACUCUACAGUACAGUACAGUACAGUUGUAGUUAACACAGAAUUUGGACACUCAAUUAAAAUGGUGUAGGCUAAAGUGCACUGUAUAGUAAAAAGGGAGUUAUUUUGGGCAUGGCCUUUUUCCUAGUCUUUUAUAGAACUCUUUGUUAA